AUGGAGCAUGUGCUGGGUGAUCUGGACGGCAAAACGGACGUGCUACGAUUCGUCGUGGGCUUCCUUUCGUACCGCGACUGGCUGUGCUUGUCGUCUUGCAGCCGCUCGCUGGCCAGCUCGGACUUGCGCCGCUUCGUGCUGUCCCAGGGCGUACUACGCGUGCCCCCGCCGCCUCUCACCAACCAGACGGACGAGCUGCCGACUGCCAGCUACUAUGCGGACAGUUUCUUGCGCCACAUGAAGCCCGAGAUGAUGCGCUGUAUUACGACCAUCAGGGUGCCGCGUACGGGUAUGCACUUGCUGAAUCUGCUGCGUGUUCUACCUGCUCUACGCUCUCUGCGGUUCUGGGACUACCCGUACUGGACUCCCGAGGAGGACGCGCCCGAGGAGGAGGAGCCUGCCAUCAACGUAGCGGCGGUGCUACAACUCAUACCGACACUACAGGAACUGACCGUCGCAGACGCCGAUAUUACGCUCGCCGAGCUACUGGACGUAGCCGAACAAUGUCCCGAAAAUAAAGCCCUUCAACCUACCGGGUGGAAUUUAAGGGCCUUAGAUUUGGCAGAAACCGACGUGGUGGAUCUGGCCCCACUGGUAGUGCUGCCCCACCUACAGUCGCUGAGUAUCCGACGCACCAAUGUGGCGAGCUUGGCUGUCUUGGAGGCUCUACCGGAGCUCCAUGCUCUGGACGUGUCCGAGACGAAAACGCUCGAUAUUAGCAAGAAUUGGGUCACGACAGAUCUGAGUGUGCUGCGACAUUUGACGGCGUUGAGGUCACUGAAGGUCACGAACAUGGGCGCGUCUGACGCGUUGGCGCUGACGUUGCGUUGCCCCGACCUCGAGAUUCUGCACGUGCAGAAUACGAGGUUAGCCGAUCUCGAUUUUGUGACGAGCCUGCCAAAUUUGAUAUAUCUCGAUAUCCGGUGGACACAUGUGGGGGAUCGACGUCCAUUGGCUGCGUUGGCGUCGCUGGAGCACUUGCUGUUAGAUACGCGAGAGAGAGGAGAACUGAGUGAACUUCCCGUUCUACCUGUAAGCUACGAGUGGCUGAGUAGUCUCCACCAACUCAAGAAGCUAAGAGUGUACAAACACAACUACCAAGACGACAUCGCGGACGUUCUACUAGAAGACGUGGAAGAGAGGGGGACGACGGUAGUUGCAACAAGAGGACUGACGAUCCCCUUGGCGCACCGUGUGCCCAGCUCAUUCCUUAAGUAUUUGAGUAGACAGGGGGCGGUGACGUCGCUCGAACUACCGCCACUCACGGACUACGCGCCGUUGAGCUUAAUGGCGUCCACUCUACACCAUCUGCGACUCCAGCAAUGGUGUGCGGACGACUUGGCCCAGAUUGUGGCACUAGGCGAGAUGCCGGCACUUACACGAUUGUCUAUGUCGCUACCGCCUACAGCUCAGGUCAUGGACCUCCUCCCUCUUGAAGGUUUUACUCAACUCGCACAACUUGAGUUAUUAGACGUUUUAUUUGAGGAUUUGUCUCCGCUUGGAGCACUCGUGAAUUUAGAGAAACUAGUGCUCUCUCUACCGGAUCGUGGCAAACGACAACUAGCACGUCGCCACAAGGAGCAUCAGACGACGUUCGAGUUCUUGUUGCAGCUAACGAAGCUGGAGGAAUUGUCUCUUGUCGGGCGCGUGGACUUUAAAGACGCUGCGCUGCUUUCAGGGAUGCGAAAGAUGCGUCGACUGUGGUUGAACGCGACCAAAGUGGAAGACGCGACUCCGUUGGCUACACUCACACGGUUAGAGCUGCUGGAUCUGGGACUUACACCGGUGACGACGGUGGAAGGCAUUCCAAGACUGCCAGAGCUGCAGUCGAUCUGGAUCCCUGAAGCGGUAGAGUGCAAGGUGCUGCGUGACGCCACGAACUUCCCGAGACUACACGCGAUUUGGCACCCGGACGACUACAAUUGCCUUUGGACAGAUCAUAAAUUUUGA